AUGGAUGCUUUCAAGUCUCUAAUUCAGCCCCUCGUAGGAGGGCACGGAGGCUCCUCUGUCAUCGACGGCAUGAAGCUUGUCGUUCUAGGUGGCACAGUCGAAACGGCUCGUCGGGUGUCUAGCUCUGCUUGGUCGCAUUUCGUGAACUCGUUCUUCCUCACUGCCCACUUCAGCGAAGAGGACUUUCCGUAUGACUGGCUCAUGUUGUGGCUUUCGCGUCGUCCAGAGUGGCAACGCUCACGCGAGUUCGAGACUACGACGCGCACCGCCGGUCCUGGAGGGUCUUCUUCAUCUCACUACUCCGCCGAGGACGCUGAUUGGGAUCAAUGGGAAGUCGCAGAGUCGAACAACUCAAAUGGCUGGGACCCUGACAGCGAGAGUCGCCCCAAAACCAGGGUGGUGUUCCAACCGACGUAUGACACUACGCACACUAUCUUCUAUCGUGGGCAUUGGCUCCGCGUUCGGCGGGGGAAGAAGCAAGAUACGGGCACGGAGAUGCUGUCUAUUAGCGUGGUGGCACGCUCCAACGCCAUCUUGAAGCAGUUGGUGCUGCAAGCGAAGAAGGAGUAUGAAGCCGAAGCAGUGCACCGCAUCCAAAUCUACUUUGCCGACGCGCAUGGGUCGUGGAGGUGGACCGAUUCACGGCACAAGCGCCCACUAUCAAGCAUUGUGCUCAAUCCAGGGGUCAAGGAAAUGCUGGUUGAUGAUGCACGUGACUUCCUGAAAAGCGAAAAGUGGUAUGCUGACCGCGGUAUUCCAUUUCGACGCGGCUACCUCCUACACGGAGUACCUGGAUCCGGCAAAUCCUCUUUGAUCCAUGCUUUAGCCGGUCAGCUCCAGCUAGACAUCUAUGUCGUUUCGCUAUCGGCAUCAUGGAUCUCUGAUAAUACGCUCACGAACCUGAUGGGGCGUGUGCCUGCUCGUUGUGUACUUCUUCUUGAAGAUCUGGAUGCAGCUUUUGUGAGAAGCACAAACCGUGAUGACGACAACCUCGACGAUCUAGGAUCCGGCGACAAUCAACAAGGAGGCUCUGGUGUUGAUCUUCAUGCCUUUCCAGGCUAUGGUGGUGGCCUAGGGGGUGGCUUUGGUGGCUCAAGAAGGCGAUAUGGACGGCCUGGUCUGUCGGAUAUGAACACACUCAGUUUGAGUGGCCUGCUGAAUGCCCUCGAUGGCGUGGCUGCGUCUGAAGGCCGUCUAUUGUUUGCAACAACCAAUCACUUGGAGCGGCUAGAUCCCGCGCUGUCGCGCCCAGGAAGAAUGGACGUAUGGGUGGAAUUCAAGAAUGCAUCGAAAUGGCAAGCUGAGGCGUUGUUCCGCAACUUUUUCCCCUGUGAAGAAGAAGAAAUUGUUCAGGAAACUGACCCGGAGCUUGAAGGCCUUGACAUUGAUGUACAGGUGCAAGACAAGGACGGCAAUGUGCGCACAUUUGUGCCUAACGAACAGCGUGUGAAUGCUGCCGCCAACGGGAAACGCAGCGAUGAGCGCAAGCCGUUAUGGUCCCUGUCGACCAGCUUCGCAUCGUCUGCAUCCUCUCUUAUUUCCGGUUCUCUCCCGUCGUCGGCCUCAUUGAUGGCAUCGGGAAGUACUUCCCCAAUGCUGAGUUCCCCUUCAGAAACUAUGUCUCCCCCUCUACCGCGUACCUUCUCUGGCUCUCCCAUACCUGAUUCGCCUGGUUCCAACCACAUCGCAAUGGAUAAAGACCAAUUUGGGGCUUCGAACACAGCUUAUCUCCCUCCUCCUCCUGAUCCGUCACUUAACAAGGUGAAGCCCCUGGACAGGAAAACUCUCGCUGCUCUUGCAAAGAAAUUCGCCGACGGUCUUCCGGAAGACGAGUUCAGUGUUGCUGGACUACAAGGAUAUUUGUUGAAGCACAAGGCCCAGCCCGAGGCUGCUGCGAACGGUGUCGAGGAGUGGGUAAAGAAUGAGCGUGAGAUGCGGGAGAGGCUUAAACGCGAGAAAGAGGCACGAGAGAUCAAGGAGAAAGCCCUGCGCGAGAAGCGGCGUAAAGAAGCCCAGGAAAAGGAAAAGCAAAAGAAGGCUCAAGAUAAGAAAGACCAGGAACUUGAGAAAAUCAAGAAGCUUAUCGCGGAGAAAGAGAAAGAGGAAGAAUUGGAGAAGAUGCGUCAGCAGCUCAAGGACAAAGAGGCCGCUAAGAGGAAGAAGAAGAAAGACGCCAAAAAGAAGUCCAAGUCGAAAGAUAAGGAAGACGACGACAAGGACGCAUCCGAUGCAGAGGAGGAGAUUAAGGAUCAAUCGGACAACGACAAAGCUGCCCCCAAGGAAAAAUCCGAAGCGAAGCAGAAUAAAAAAUCGUCGAAAAAAACACUCCAAGGUGAGAAAAAGGUAGACGACACGAAGGAUGCAGUCAAGGAAGAGGCUGUGUCAGAAGGCAAGGAAAAGGAGAAGGAGAAGGAGAAAGAAAAGAAUAAGUCCACAACGAAGAAGUCGAAGAAGAAAGUAGAAUCUGAAAGCGAUGACAGCGAUUCUGAGUCGGGCUCUGGCUCCUCCGAUUCUGAUUCCUCGUCGUCUUCAUCCAAAUCGUCGAAGUCCUCGAAAAGUGCUUGCAAAAAUCAGCCACCUCUUCCUUAUACCGAUGACGAAGGAGAAAAUAUGCCCCCCCUCCCUCCUAUGCCCUUGCACCCUCCCCAGCAGGCCAGCUGGUCGUUCCCACCACCCCCAGGCUGGGUCACGGAAGCGCCCUGGAGACCGGAAUCGCCUCCGUUGUGGAGUGACGGGUCAUGA